AUGAGACCCUCCCUCAUCAAGCCCCUCCUACCCCGCCAUACCUGCUUCUCUGCCGCGAGAACUUCUUCUUCUCUUCCUCAACUCUCCAACACAAUCAAAUCUGUUAGAUUUUUCUCAGCUUCAUCCGCAGUCAUGGGUAACAAGGUUUUCUUCGAUAUCACCUGGGAGGGUCCCGUCUUCCAGAACGGCAAGCCCACCUCCACCGUUAAGGAGCAGACUGGCCGCAUCAACUUCAACCUCUUCGACGACAAGGUCCCCAAGACCGCCGAGAACUUCCGUGCUCUCUGCACUGGCGAGAAGGGUUUCGGCUACAAGGGCUCUUCUUUCCACCGAAUCAUCCCUGACUUCAUGCUUCAGGGUGGUGACUUCACCCGUGGCAACGGCACUGGUGGCAAGUCCAUCUACGGAGAGAAGUUCGCCGACGAGAACUUCACCUUGAAGCACGAGAAGCCCGGUCUGCUCUCCAUGGCCAACGCUGGCCCCAACACCAACGGCUCUCAGUUCUUCAUCACCACCGUCGUCACCUCUUGGCUCAACGGACGCCACGUUGUCUUUGGUGAGGUCGCUGACCAGCAGUCCCUUGAUGUCGUCAAGGCCCUUGAGGCUACUGGCUCCGGCAGUGGUGCCGUCAAGUACAACAAGAAGGCCACCAUCGUCGACUGCGGUGAGCUGUAA